AUGAAGUGCUUCGUAGUACUCCUCGCUGCCACAACGUUGGCAAUGACAGCCCCAGCCGACCUCGAAAAGUCGAAGAAUGACGACAACUUCCUCCACAACUGCGAUUUCGUCAACUUCGGUCUCGGCGACAAUGACCAGAACCCUUGGAUCCACUACUCGUGCCCCUUGAACAAACCACCCUACAUGCAAUGUUCAAUCCUGGAACUCAACCACUGCAUCAUCAACGAUCACGGAGUCCUGCGUGGAAAAGAAAAGGGAGGGUUCGCAAAAAGCUGCAAGGACUGCGUCUACCUUCACGAGAUUGGCAACCUCGUCUGCCAGUGCGCAUUUGGAAACCCAACCCAGUUCCGCGAGACCCAUAGAUACCUUGACCAGGAUGUGUGGCUCUCUGGCAGUAAGCUAGGUUGCUUCGGAAUGAAGUCUAGUAGCAAAUGUUGA